AUGAGGGUGGAUGCCCAGGUCAUGGUUCUCAGUUGUCCUUCUUGCCAGCACCACGUUCCUGAGCACCACCAGCCUACCAGCCUCAUGAUUCCCAUCACCUCGCUAUGGCCGUUCGAGCAGUGGGGGACUGACAUAAUCGGCCCAUUUCCUAGAGCCUCAGGCAAUUUUGCAUACGUGGUGGUGGCGGUAGACUACUUCACCAAAUGGGUCGAGGCAGAGCCUUUGAGAAGUAUCACCGGAUCAGCGGUUCAAAAAUUCUUCUGGAAGAGUGUGGUUUACCGGUUCGGCCUACCCCGGGUGGUCAUCUCGGAUAAUGGGAGGCAGUUCGCUGAUAACCCCUUCAAAGCGUGGUGUGAAAACCUUGGAAUCAGACAGCAUUUCACCUCGAUUGGACACCCUCAGGCCAACGGACAGGUCGAAAACUUCAACCGCACUCUCCUCUAUGGUCUCAAAACCAGACUACAUCGUGCUGGAUCGUCCUGGAUGGAAGAACUUCCCAAUGUUUUGUGGUCUUACAGGACCACCCCGAGGUCGGCAACCCAAGAGACCCCAUUCUUUUUAACGUAUGGAUCCGAAACUGUCGUCCCCGCCGAGUUCAUCACUCCGAGCUCACGAAUGGCAGCGUACGCCGCCGUAAUCAACGAAGAAGAACAACAAGUUGACCUCGAUCUCGCCGAAGAGAAGCGUGAUAUGGCAGCGGCCAAAGUCGCUCUCUAUAAAAACAUCUUAGCUGGCUACUAUAAUGCCCGGGUCAGGCACCUGCGAUUCAACCCGGGAGACCUUGUGCUCCGGAAGAACUCGGUCAGCCGAAUUGAACCUCAGGGGAAACUCAGCCCCAAGUGGGAGGGACUCUACCGUAUUGUCGAGUCUAGCCAAAAUGAAUAUUGUAAAUUAGCGUAUCGGGAUGGUUCUCGGGUGCCUCGAACUUGGCACGCUGAGAACCUUAGACUGUAUUACCCUUGA